CAUGAAUUCAACAAAUAGUUGCCAAGCACUUAUUACGAGCCAGGUACCAGAUCAGCUAAAGGGAAUACAAAGCAAAAUAGAUAAGAAAUUAAAGGAAACGCUGUACUUUAUCACUAUGGAAAUCUUGGAGGAUCUGAGUACUGAAUUCACAUGUAAUCUUUCUCUGAGACAGCUGUUACACCACAAAACGUUCUCUGAGUUGUGAACUUUAACUGAGAGAAACUUAAACAUGUUAUUUAACUACGGGCUCAAUAUGAAGAAAGACAUUUAAAUCAUUCCGAAGAGGAAAACAGUACUUUUUGUCAGUUGUGCACAUUUUCCAAGUAGUAGCUCAGCAAGUAGUAGAGAAGAACCUUAGGCCGAGCGGUGAGUGAAGCUCGGCUAGGCCGGUGCACAGAUUUGUGUUUUCCUCUUGAGGACAUGCCUCCAGACUGGGUCUCACUCCCCUGAAGACCACCAGCCUAAAAGCGUUAAAACUGCUCCAAGAUGGAUGAGUCAGAUGAUGAUUUUAAAGAACUCUGUGCCAGCUUUUUCCAAAGAGUGAAAAAAACUGGAACCAAGGAAGUGUUAGAAGACAGGAAGACAAAAAAAUCUUCAAACAGCACUCAGAUAAGCGCAUCAAAGAAGACCAAACAGUCUGCCACCAGGAGCAAAAGCCAUCAAGGCACUUCAAAGAAACCUCCGUCAUGCGGCCAGGUCCGUAGGGCUAAAAAGCAAGGGGCAACCAAGUCUCAGGGAAGUGAACCUGUUCUCCCUGUGAGUGGAGAGGGAGGUGUGCUUGCUCCUUCUGUGAAUCCGGCUGUACCCCAGGAUCAAGCACAGAGCAUCCAGACAGAGAAUUCUCCCAGUGGCGAUGCCCGACCCUCCCUGUCCUGUUUGAUGACAACAGCUAUGCCAAGUCCCUCCAAACCCCGUACUGCACAACUAGUUCUUCAGCGGAUGCAGCAGUUCAAGAGAACAGACCCCGAGCGUUUGCGACAUGCUUCAGAGGACUGCUCCCUCGAGGCUACACUGGAAGAAAAUGUCCCACAGAGCCCUCAAGAGGAGACGGUAGCAGGAAACGGGAAUGGACUGGCGCUCUCUGCCACAGACAGUGAUGCUGCAGUAGCCUUGGUUCUGCAGCAAGAGUUUGGAAGGAAAGGUGCAUCUGCACAUGACGAUAACCUGGACGAGAAGGGGUUGUUCUUCUGCCAGAUGUGUCAGAAGAACCUCUCAGCUAUGAACGUGACCCGGAGGGAGCAGCAUGUGAACAGGUGCUUGGAUGAGGCUGAAAAGGCACUAGAACCUUCUUCUCCUCGGAUCCCUGAGUGUCCAAUUUGUGGCAAGCUGUUUGUCACCUCCAAGAGCCGAGUCAGCCACCUGAAACAGUGUGCAGUGAGGAUGGAAGUGGGCCCCCAGCUUCUACUGCAGGCUGUGAGGAUGCAGACAGCUCCGCCUGAGGCAAGCAGCAGCCCUCUGACUCCCAGCAACCAUGUUGGAGGUCGGAAACGGAAAGGAGCCACCACCAAGAAGGAGCCACUGAAGAGGCGGAAGGUUGAUAAACCCGAGGUACCAUCUGAGGACUUCCUGGUGGCCAUCGCUCUGUCCCGAUCUGAAAUGGAGCAGGGUUCAUCUGUGCCUGCACUCAGACUGGAAAGUGCUUUUUCUGAGAGGACAAGGCCAGGAGCAGAGAAGAAAGGUCGCAAAAGAAAACCCCUGAGGCCCCCACCACAGUUAUUAGUGCAGGACACCAGCACCACCGGUAGACAGAUAGAGGAUCGUGUGGCCCAGCUCCUUUUGGAGGAAGUAGAACUAUCCAGCACACCACCACUUCCUGCCAGCAGGAUUCUAAGGGAAAAGCUGAAAGAGGCAGGUUGGUGUCUACAGCUGCCUGAAGGAAAGGAGAACUUCCUGUGGGAGGGCAGUGCCCUGACCGGAGCUUGGGCUAUGGAAUGUUUCUACACAGCGGCCCUGGUCCCUCCCAUUGUGCUCCAGCGGCCCACCAAGGAGCCUGAGGUAACACUGGUGCUGCCUGUGCAACCAGAGCCAGGUAUACAAAGGCCACCUGCCCUCCAUAGCAGCUUCCAUGCAGACUGCAGCCCCAGAGCCCCAUCACUGUCUGCCAGCCAGAGGGAGCGCCAGGCCCUGCAGGACCUCGUGGACCUGGCAGAGGAAGGGCUGAGUGCCAGCCCGUGGCCCUGCAGUGGGGGCCUGGCCAGCUCUGGAGGUGCUACAGGGUUGGAUUUGGUGCCCAGCGGUGUUCCUCUGACCGGUUUUGCUCUGCCACCCAAGGAGAAGCCCUUUGAGAGGGACGACCGCACUUCGCUCUCCCUUGGGUUGCUUGCUGCUGAUUUUGGUGCCAUGGUCAAUAACCCACACCUGAGUGACGUUCAGUUCCAGACUGACAGCGGGGAAGUGCUUUAUGCCCACAAGUUUGUGCUUUAUGCCCGAUGUCCACCUCUUGUUCAGUAUGUAAAUGAUGAAGGCUUCUGUGCUGUAGAAGAUGGGGAAGAGACCCAGCGUGUGCUCCUAAGCAGUGUGAGCACUGAGACCACCCACGUGUUCCUGCGCUAUCUCUACACAGCAGACACUGGUCUGCCAUCCCACCUGGCGUCUGAGCUGGGAAUCCUGGCCCGCAGGUUUGGUGUGAGAGACCUUGUUGACCUGUGUGAACAAGUGCCUGCUGGGAUGGACGUGGAGAGCGAAUUACAGGAGGAGAAGGAAGAUGAGAACUGUGAAAGCAGAGUGGAGAAUUUCCAACAACUCUUGAGGUCAAUGUGGACAGAUGAAGAGGAGGAAGCAGAGACUUUGCUGAAAUCUGAAGAAGACAGAGAAAAAGUGAAUGAAGCAGAUAUGGAAGAAAUUUACGAAUUCGCAGCUACUCAGCGAAAGCUGCUGCAGGGUGGAAGAGUAUCAGACACAGAAGAGGAGCCUGACCAGGCAGGAGAAGACAGUCUAGUUGCUGGACCUCCCCUGGCAAAUGUCCUGGGAAGAAGCAAACCGUUGGUAAAGGGAAAACAAUUACAGUUGUUGGGGCCAGGAAAAUAUAAGACCUCAGUCACUGGGGAAAAUGCAAGGCAAUCCCUCCUGCUGCCCCCAGGUAGAUGCUCAGACAGGGCAGUGGAUGCAAAGACCCACCAGCAGACGGCACCAAAAGAGGCACCUGGCCCCAGCACCUGCAGCCUUCCUGGGGGCAGCAAGGCUGGGAGACAAGAAGAUUUCCCCGUGCACUCAUUUGAGGUCCCUGCAUAUGAACAGGUGUUUUCAUCAGCUCAAGUCUGUGAACUAUCCCACAUAACAAGUGAUUACCAGGAACAGAGUGGCAUUGUUAGAGAGAAGGGGGUGGAAAUGGCUUGUGCCUCCACUCCACAGCCACACUCAUGCUGCCUCCCAUCAUGGCUUCCUGGUGGCCAGAGUCCCAGCCGAUCACAGCUUCAUCUUUAUCACACAAGUGAUUCGUCCCCGUCCAUGACCCAAUCACACAAUAAUGUUUCCAUGGUGUCCCCCAGCUCACCAUGUCCAGCCCUACCAUCAAAGCAGGAUAAUGGCAUUCUCAAAGUACUUAAGGAGCCAGGUGACUGGAAAGGCAGAGGAUGUCGUUCCAUAUUGGAAUGCAAAAAUAAGGGUGUCCUGAUUUCCCCAGAAAAGUCUCUACCCAUUGACCUGACACAGUCAAUACCCAACACCUCGAGUACCAGGUCCCAGGAUCCUUGCUCCCAAAUGAGCAGAGAGAACGAGAUCAUCCUUUUACUGGAUUCAGAUGAAGAGUUGGAGCUAGAACAGACCAAAACAAAGUUGGUUUCUAAUGGUCCUUCAGAAGGAAGGAAUGUACUAGAAGUCAGCCACAAGUCCUCUGAGUUGUUUUCAGUCAUUGAUGUUGAUGCAGAUCAAGAGCUUUCUCAGAGCCCCCUGAGGAAAGAGGCUGAGCUGCAUCUCGAGAGCAGGGAGGGACAGUUGGAGAAUCAGGGUGCUGUGGGCAGCACACGGGCCUCCUGGCUGAUCUGCAACCGUGAGAGCAGCCUCAAUGAGGACAGUACCACAGAUUCCUCCUGGCUGGUGCCCGCUACCCCAGUAGCCAGCAGGAGCCGGGACUGCUCGUCACAGACCCAAAUCACAAGCCUCAGGACCAGGCCUCCAGAGGAUAAGAUGGCCCUGCCCUCAUCCAGGGCCACCCCAGAAAAUAGCACAGUGUUGGAGGCCACGCAGAAGUUCUCAGUCAUCACACCCCCAUUGUCACCCAUGCCUCUAGGAACUUCAGGGAGUGGAAGGCAGGUCCAUAGGAGUCCUUCCCUUUCCCAAUCCAGGCGCCACAAGCUGUCUUCCCCAAGGGCCCCAUGGCCCAUGUCAGGAGGCCUCCCUGACUUCACUGGACCAGUCCAGAAACUCUCACCAGGUCAGGUAGCAGUGAGUGAAGUGGUGGAAGUUGGGGACAGUGAAGAUGAGCAGGAAGUAUCUUUUCAUCAGAUAAACAAAAGCCCCCUGCUGGACAGUGACCCACCAAUCCCUGUGGACGACUGUUGGAAUGUUGAGCCCCUCUCACCAAUUCCAAUUGACCACCUGAACCUCGAACGCACUGGCCCCUUGAGCACCAGCAGUCCCAGCAGUCAGGCCCAGGAGCCUCUGGACAGUGGUGACUGCCACUCCCCUAGAUUCCUGGGCAGCACCCCCAUCCGAGCAAGUGGCACAGCUGGAAGAGCAUCUCUAGAGCAGUCCUUAGGAGGUGGCUCCCCAGCAGCCAGUAGGCUGAGCUUUCUGAAUUCAGCCUUAUGGGACGACUGGAACGGGGAAGGGCAGAAGUCUCCAGACCCAGAGGCUCCUCCUGCAGCCCAGACACUGUGUGCUCUCCGAACUCAGAAAUCAGAAGGGCCAGAGAUACCAAAAGGUGCUAAUCGGAAGAAAAAUUUGCCCCCCAAAGUGCCCAUCUCUCCAAUGCCAAGGUAUUCCAUCAUGGAGACUCCGGUGCUAAAGAAAGAACUGGACAGGUUUGGAGUCCGUCCUCUUCCCAAACGCCAGAUGGUUCUGAAACUGAAGGAGAUUUUCCAGUACACUCACCAGACCCUGGAGUCAGAUUCUGAGGAGGAGAUGCAGUCCUCACAGGGGCUACAGGAGAUGCCUUGCAGCCAGACCCUCUCCACUGAGACCUACAAGCCUUCCAGGGUGGGAGGCUGCAUCUCACUAGAAGCCACUGAGGGUCUCAAGAUCCAACAGUACCAGGGACCUCAACAUCAGCAGAAGCCCAGCCAAAACAUCCCACACCAGAGCAGGCCACCCGCUGAGAAGCCACCUGCGGGGUCUGAUGUUGACACUCAGCUCCCAGCCUCCCAGGAAUCUCUGGCCACCACUGUGGACAGCAGUGACAGCUCCUUCAGCUCACAAAGUUCCUCCUGUGAGUUUGGAGCCACCUUGGAGUCUGCAGGUGAAGAUGAGGAGGAUGAGGGUGCAGGGGUCAGUGCAUCCCAGGCAGCCAGCCAGGCACCAGACACGGAGGAAGCUGUGAGACGUUACAUCCGCUCCAGGCCGGCGCUGUUCCGUAAGGUGCUCACGUACCAGCCACUCGAGCUGGCUGAACUGCAGGCUGAGCUGAAGCAGGAUGGCAUUCGCGUGGCCAUGGGCAAGCUGCUGGACACCCUGGAUGCCCUCUCCAUCACCUUCACCACUGCCGCAGCCCGGAAGGAGAAGCUCAAGCAGAAGGGACAGCGGCAGAGGGGCAGGAAGAAAGCACGGAAUUGACAGCCCUGCCCCUCCAGCAGCCUGUGGCUGUCUACAACCAGGACCCCUUACCCCCCUGGCCAUCUGUAGGGAGGCCUAGCACCCAGCACCCAGCACCCAGGCUUCCACAGACACUCCAGGGCCUUGGGACAAUGAAGGCCCUGACCCCCUCCCUUCUCUGGCCGCCUUCUGGUGUGGCGGCUGGAGCACGUCUCCCACUGUAUGUAUAGCCUUUCCCUCCCCUCUGUCAGUGCCACAGUCUCUCCUAGCAGGGCCCUAUCCGUGAGUUCCCGAGGGGAAGGGGGCAUGCCCACUGGCCAGCAUGAGGCUGGAUUCUGCCACCGUGUGUGCACUGGGCCCAGGUACAGUUGCCCCAUGCAUGUGUUCUGACAGGAAGGUCAGGUCCAGCUUACCCCAGCCCUCCAGCCAUCUCAGCCACUACCAGCAGACCAGGCGACCACAGUCUUCCGUACUGCCACGCUCCAGGUGCAGCUCCUGGCCCAGCCAUCCUGGCUAGACAUUUGUCAUCACCAGCAGUCUCUAAAGGACAGAGCAGAAAGCCCCAGCACAACUCUGUAGCCCUCAGAACAAGCAUGUGUUUUGUUACCAGGAUCUAUCCUGUAUUGAAGCCCUCUCCAGCACUAGCUAGAAUGCACAGUGGGCCUCCGUAUCCUGUGAAUGUCCUUGUCUGUCUUAAACACAGCACAGUUGUUUUUAUAUGAUGUGGAAUAAAAACAAAGGCUUUGUAA